AUGGGGAAGAAGAAGAAAACAGAGGAAAUCAAACCAUUAACUGCAGAGUUCAAAGUCUCAAUGCAUUGUAAAGCAUGUGAAAGAACUGUGGCCAAAGCCAUUUCCAAAUUCAAAGGGGUGGAGAAGUUUAUGACAGACAUGGGAAAGCACAAAGUUGUAGUAAUAGGUAAGUUUGAUCCCCAAAAAGUUAUGAAGAAACUAAGAAAAAAGACGGGAAAAGCCGUCGAGAUGGUGGUCGACAAAGGGACAACGGUGAAAGAUGCAGCCGUUGUCAAAGACUUGGAACGAACAAACCCGAAUGAUGCUAAUCAGUUGAUGAUGUUAAGUUGUUGCAAGGAAAUUGCUCAGUUGUUGGUUUUGUUCAGUGAUGAGAAUUCAAAUGCUUGUUACAUUAUGUAA